AUGGAGUUUAUUCAAACAGUGCCGGUGGCGACAGCCAUCGCUGUUGGAGGUCCGGCCGUCGCUCUGGGUGGAAUUUCUUUGUGGUUAGUUAAAGGAUUUUUCAACGAUCAUAAUCGGAAAACAUCUCCCAGCGGUGGCCUUCCACCUGUUCCCGUUGUUCCUGGUCUGCCGUUGAUUGGGAAUCUGCUUCAGCUAAAGGAGAAGAAACCACAUAUGACUUUCUCAAUGUGGGCUGAAACUUAUGGUCCAAUCUAUUCUAUCAAAACUGGCUCUAGUACACUUGUCGUCCUAAACUCUGAUCAAGUUGCAAAGGAGGCUAUGGUGACGAGAUUUUCAUCGAUAUCAACUAGAAAGCUAAGCAACGCUUUAGAUAUCCUCACUUCUGAUAAAUGCAUGGUGACAAUGAGUGAUUACAAUGAUUUCCACAAGACGGCCAAGAAGCAUUUACUGACCAAUGUUUUAGGCCCCAAUGCUCAGAAACGACAUCGGGUUCUCAGAGACAGGUUGGUGAAGAACAUUGUAAGCCUUUUCCAUGCUCAUUUGGAAAGCAAGCCUCUAGAAGCUGUGGAGUUUCGAGAAAUCUUUGAGUCCGAGCUUUUCGGAUUGUCAAUGAUUGAGACAUUGGGGAAUGAUGUGGAAUCAAUCUACGUUGAGGAACUUGGAACAACUCUAUCGAGAAAGGACAUAUUCGAUGUUUUGGUGAACGAUCCAAUGGCUGGUGCAAUAGAUGUAGAUUGGCGUGAUUUCUUCCCAUAUAUGAAAUGGGUGCCCAACCGCAGUUUCGAAAAGAGAAUCCAACAAAUGGAUUUCAGGAGGCAAGCAUUAAUGAGAGCACUCGUUAGACAACAAACUGAACUGAUUCCUGCAGGGAAGGAAACAAACAGUUACCUCGGAUAUCUACUUCAUGAAGUAAAGAAUCUAUCGGAGAAAGAAAUAGUCAUGUUGCUUUGGGAGGUGAUCAUUGCUGCAUCAGAUACUACUCUGGUUGCUACAGAAUGGGCUAUGUAUGAACUAGCCAAAGACAAGAACAAGCAGAAUCGUCUGUACGAGGAAAUUCAAAGUGUUUGUGGGUCGGAGAAUAUAACAGAGGAUAAGUUAUGUAAGCUACCAUACUUGUAUUCUGUUUUUCAAGAAACUUUAAGAAGGCACACUCCUGUCCCGGUUAUUCCUAUUCGAUAUGCCCACGAAGAUACGCAACUCGGAGGAUACUUUGUGUCUGCAGGAAGCGAGAUUGCGAUCAACCUUUAUGGCUGCAACAUGGAUGAGAAACAAUGGGUGAAGCCGGAAGAGUGGAUGCCAGAGAGGUUUCUCGAAGGGAAUUGUAACUUUACGAUGGAUUUGCUAAAGACAAUGGCGUUUGGAAGUGGGAAAAGGGUAUGCUCGGGCGCGCUUCAAUCGUCUCUCAUUUCUUGCGUGUCUAUUGGUAGGCUUGUACAAGAGUUUGAGUGGAGUUUGAGCGAAGGGGAAGCGGCAGAUGUCGACAUCCUAGGUGUCACUAGUCGCAAACUUCAUCCGAUGCGAGCAUUCCUUAAACCUCGGAACUAA